AAAGAGGGAUGACCUUCACUUUGUGUACAGUGCCAGCUUGUGUGUUUCUCUUCAUUAACGGCACAAUGCUGUUUACUCUGAUGAGUAAACCUGUUUUUUGUGAAACCUGUCGUUACAUUCUCCUGUAUAACCUCCUUUUUGCUGACACUGUACAGUUGGCAGUGUGUCAGGUUCUGUUUCUACUUACUGUUUGUAACAUUAGACUAACAUAUCCUGKAUGUGGUACUAUUACAACAAUCGCUAACAUCACAAAUGUCAUCUCUCCACUAACACUAGUGCUGAUGUCUCUGGAGAGAUAUGUAGCUGUGUGCUACCCACUGAGGCACGCUAUGAUCAUCAUCAUCAGAAACACAAGAGUGGCAAUUGCUGUACUCUGGGCUCUCGGUGCACUCCACAAUCUUAUUCGUAUCAUUUUGAUGUUAGAUUUCCCUUUUGAAGAGCUGAAAAGYCUCCAGAUGACUAGUUUCUGUUCUGACUUUGCCAUGAUGCUGGGCUCCAUGUCUAAUGAUUAUGAUACAGCCUUCACAUCUGUUUUGUUUGUUUCAGCUGGUCUAGCAGUAAUUUCCUCCUAUACUGGAGUUGUACUAGCAGCUAGAUCAGCUUCUACAGACAAAGUAUCGGCCCUUAAAGCUCGUAAGACACUGCUGUUGCAUCUGGUGCAGCUUGGCCUCAGUCUGUCCUCAACCGUUUACUACCCAUUGCUCAUCGCUCUUGCAACAAAUGUAACAAGAAUAGUGUUUGUAGGUGUUCAGAAUGUUUUCUAUGUGAUUAUCAUCAUCUUACCCAGAUGUCUGACUUCACUCAUUUAUGGUCUCAGAGAUCAGACUAUCAGACCUGUUCUACUGUACAAUCUAUGUGGUCGACUGAAAAUCUCCAUUAAACCAGGUCUAGCCUGA